AUGUCGGGCUAUAACGUGGAGGAGACUAGCGAGCAAACCCAUGGAAGGGAGAUUGAGCCUACUGGACGGGGCAAGGGCAGGAAGGAUAAGUCUCGUGACGCCUUAGCCAACAUGAAGGCAAGGCUAGCCAAGGUGGAGUUAGCCAUGGUAGACACCCGAGAAGGGGUGGACUUGAUCGAGCAAGCCACUAAGGUACGCACCGCGACCCUCUACCUUACUGAUAAUGCUACUCUAUGGUGGCGUCGACGGUUUGCCGACAUAGAGAAAGGGACGUGCACCAUAGACACAUGGGAUGCCUUUAAGAGAGAAAUCAAAAGGCAAUUCUAUCCCGAAGAUGUGGCUUACCUAGCAAGGAAGAGUAUGAAGCGUCUCAAGCACACGGGCUUGAUCCGUGAGUAUGUCAAGGAGUUCUCUACGCUUAUGCUUGAGAUACCCAACAUGGCCGAGGAGGAGCUACUAUUUAACCUCAUGGACAACUUGCAAAGCUGGGCCGAGCAAGAAUUGAGGAGACGUGGUGUCCAAGACCUAGCCACGGCCAUGGCAGUAGCAGAGUCCUUGGUAGAUUAUAGAAGGGGAGACUCCUCCACGCCUAAGCCACCAUCCAAGGGUAACCAAGCCAAAGGUGGGGGAGAUAAGGAAUCACGUGACUACGCUUGUAAGGAAGGAACAAGCAAAGGCCCUAGUGGCAAGGAUGGCAAAGGCAAGGAUAAGCGGAAGGAGUUCACGCCCAAGACCAAUUGGGUACGGGACUGUCCCAAGAGGAAAGCCCUAAAUGCUAUGAUUGAGGAAAAAGAGAAGGAGGGUGAUGCUCAGGUGGGAUCGUUGCAACUCCUAAACGCUCUCAAGGCCAAGCCGAUGCCUAAGAUGCCUCAAAGCAAAGAGCUAAUGUACGUAGAGGCCCUUAUGAAUGGAAAGGCCACCAAGGCCUUAGUGGACACUGGUGCCACUCAUAACUUUGUCUCGAAGGAUGAGGCAAGAAGGCUGGGGCUCCAAGCAUCCAAAGAAGGGGAUUGGCUCAAGGAAAUUAAUUCAGCUACCAAGCCAUCACAUGGAGUAGCUUUCAGGGUGACUAUACACAUCGGCUCAUGGGAAGGAAGGGUCGACUUCACCGUGGCACCCAUGGACGACUUCAAGAUGGUACUAAGGAUGGACUUCUUACAGAAGAUCAAGGCUGUGCCACUGCCUUUCCUAUGCUCAAUGGCUAUCCUAGAGGAGGAGAAACCAUGCAUGGUCCCUACGGUCACCGAAGGUACGCUUAAGACCCCUAUGCUAUUAGCUAUGCAAGUUAAGAAGGGGUUAAAGAGGAAAGAGGUGACCUACCUCGCCACUCUAAAGGAAGAAAGGGAUGAUGGGUCGGGUCGGGAGAACCCUUGCCUAAGGAAAUCGAGGGGGUUCUUGAUGAGUUCAAGGACGUGA